GGUGCUGAGCACGAAGCAGAGGUCUUCCCACCACUCAUCAGCAAGGCGCCUCGCCGGCUUCCUACGUUGGAGAAGGAAAGAAACAUUUGCUUCCACGGGAUGGAGUUUAGCGCGAGCAGGUGUCACAACAGGGUCAGAAGAGACCCGUCCAUCACGGUCCUGUUUGUGCUGUGGAUGUAACAGUUGUUGGGCAGAGCUAGAAAUCCUGCGUGUUCAGCAAGAUGAGCUCCUCGGCGAACAUCUAUGUCGACGACGGUUCCUAUAAUAAGCUUCUGUCCUACCUGAUGGGCCUGGAUCAGCCUCAGCUGGAGGAAUUCAAGAUCUGCCUCCAGUCCUCACAGCUGCUGCUUGGGAACUUCCAGCAGAUUCCCUGGGCAAACUUGAAAGCCAUCGAUCCCACUAACCUGUUGUGUCUGUUGAGUGAAUACUUUUCAGAAAGGCAGAUCUGGGAAGUGACCCUCAGCAUCUUUGACAACAUGAACCUGACUUCACAGUGUACAGAAGUUCGAGCGAUGAUGAAUGAGAUAGCACAGACACAGGGAUCCCAAGAUCCAAGCCAAGAAGAACCAGAGGUGCCAGAAGAAGAAAAAGACCACAGAAGAAGAUACAGAGAGAGAAUGAAGGCUAAAAUACUGACGAUGUGGGACAACAUCCCUUGGCCUGAAGACCAUAUAUACCUGCGCAAUGUGACUGAAAAGGAACAUGAAGGACUGAAGAGCCUCCUGUAUCCCAACAGGACUGGAGCCCAGCCACAGACGAUUGUCUUAGAGGGUCUAGCAGGGGUCGGGAAGACCACCCUGGCAAUGAAGGUUGUGCUGCAUUGGGCAGAGGGCUUUCUCUUUCAUCAGAGAUUCUCCUAUGUUUUCUUUAUCAGCUGCCAUAAAGUUAGAGACAUGAAGGAUACCACAUUAGCUGGCCUGCUUUCCUGGGACUGGCCUGACUCCCAGGCCCCCAUUGAAGCCCUCAUGAGUCGCCCCGAGAGCCUCCUGUUUGUCAUCGAUGGCUUUGAAGAAAUGGACGUGCCCUCCACUUUGGACGAGAGUCCACCAUGUAAAGACUGGUACCAGCAACUCCCAGUCAACAGAAUCCUAUUCUACUUGUUGAAGAAAGAGUUGGUUCCCCUGGCUACCUUACUGAUCACGACCAAGGAGUAUAGAACCAACGAUCUUAAAAAGUUGUUACUGAAUCCGUGGUUUGUACAAAUCGUAGGGUUCACAGAAGGAGACCGGGAGGAAUAUUUCACCAGGUACUUUGGUGACCAAAACAAAGCUAAGAAAAUCUUGCAUUGGGUAAGAAAGAAUGAAUCUCUCUUUCACUUCUGCUCCGCCCCCAUGGUGUGCUGGACCGUGUGUUCCUGCCUGAAGCGGCAAAUGGCGAGAAAUCCUCACUUCCAGCUAAGCACCCAGACCACCACCAGCCUGUACGUCUACUUUUUCUCCAGCUUGCUCGCCACAGCAGAGGUGAGUUUGUCAGACCAGAGCUGGCCAGAUCAAUGGAGAGCCCUGUGCUCUCUGGCUGCAGAGGGGAUGUGGUUUUGGAAGUUCACAUUUGCAAAGAAGGACCUCAAACACAGGCACCUGGAAGCACCUGUCAUUGGUUCUCUCCUCAGGUUAAAUAUUCUUCGAAAGGUCAGUGACUGUGAAGAUUGUGUUACUUUCACUCACCAGAGUUUCCAGGUGUUUUUGGGAGCCAUGUUCUACGUGCUCAGGGGGAUGAGAGGAUCCAUUGGUGGUCCUCCAAAGCACCAGGAGAUGAAGGCGCUUCUGAACGAUGCUUUGGCUGACACAAACUUCUACUGGAACCAGAUGGCUCUGUUUUUCUUUGGCCUUUUAAAAAGAAACCUCGCAGAAGAACUGGAAGAUACUUUGCAUUGUAAAAUGAGUCAUAGGACAACGGAUGAAUUACUAGAAUGGGCAGAUGAAUUAGAAAGCUAUGACCUCGUCUCCAGCUGUUUUGAAUUCCUACACUUCUUUGAGUGCUUAUACGAGACUCAGGAGGAAAACUUUGUAAGGCAGAUUUUGAGUCAUCUCCUUGAAGCUGACGUCGAUAUCUUUGGGAGUCUACAACUCCAAGUGUCUUCGUUUUGCCUAAAACACUGUCAAAGGCUAAGUAAGCUAAGGCUUUCUGUCAGCAGUGCUAUCCCUCAGACGGAACUGACUUUCAACUUGGAAACUCUGGAGACAAGGCCACAUUCCAAGAUACGUCAGUGGCAGGAUGUUUGCUCCGUGUUUUCCAAUGGGAAUCUGACUGAGCUGGACUUCAGUAACAGCAAGCUUAACGCUUUUUCAAUGAAGAAACUCUGUUAUGAGCUGAGAAAUCCAAGGUGCAAACUCCAAAAACUGACGUGCAAAUCAAUAACUCCUGUGAGGAUUCUGAAGGAACUUGUCCUUGUCCUGUAUGGUAACCACAGGCUGACACACCUGAACUUGAGCUCGAACAACCUGGGAAUUCCCGUGUCCACGAUGAUCUUUAAAACCUUGAGGCACUCAGCCUGCAACAUCCAGUAUCUGUGGUUGGAAUCCUGUGGCCUCACCCCUCUAGCCUGUCGUCAUCUCUUUCUGGAGCUCAGCAAGAACUCGAGUGUGCGCUUCCUCAGCCUGGGGGACAAUGAUCUCUCUGGUGUUGAGGUGAAAAGUCUGCAGGGGCCCUCGGAGAUGCCCGAGUCUUCCCUGAAGGAGUUGUCCCUGGAGAAAUGCAACCUGUCAGCAGCCAGCUAUCAGGAUCUAGCUUUGUACCUCACCAGUACCCAGAGAACAAGUCGACUGUGCCUGGGAUUUAAUCCGCUCAGAGACGAGGGCGUGAGGCUCUUGUGUGCUUCCCUGACUCACCACGAGUGUGCCUUAGAGAGAUUGGUGCUCUGGUUCUGCCAGCUCGGUACACCCAGUUGCAAGUACUUGUCAGAUGCUCUCCUCAAGAACAAGAGUUUGACCCAUCUGAACCUGAGGAAGAAUAACCUGAGAGAUGAGGGAGUGAAGUUUCUGUGUAAGGCCUUGAGUCGUCCGGACUGCAGCCUCCAGAACCUGGAUUUGUCAGAUUGUUCUUUCACAGCGGAAGGCUGUCAGGAGCUCGCUAAUGCCCUCCAGCAUAAUUGUAACAUGAAAAUUUUGGAUAUCGGGAGCAAUGACAUUCAGGAUGAUGGAGUGAAACACCUGUGUGAGGUCCUAAAACAGCCAAAGUGUGCAUUGAACACGCUUGGGUUGGAGAAAUGCAAUCUGACACCUGCUUGCUGCCAGUAUCUCUCCUCUGUUCUCAGAAGCAGUAAAAGCCUGUUUAACCUGAAUCUUUUGGGGAAUGACUUGGAGCCCAGAGGAGUCAGCACACUGUGGAAGGCCUUGAAAAAAUCAACCUGCAAACUACAGAAGCUUGGGCUUGAAAAAGAGUUGUACAACAUAGUGAAGGGGGAGCUCGAGGAAUUGCAGGAGAGGGGGUCCUUUCUGAGAGUCAAGUGUAAGUGGGAUUUCAAUGACCUUGAGGACAAAUGGUGGUGGUGAUCCAAUGGCUACACUGUGGGAUGUUCUUGGAGUAGAAUCACCAGGAGAUUUCUCAGGUGUUGCUGCUCUUGAGGACAAAUGAGCAGUUACCUCCAGAGUGCUUUCCCACAAUUUGUUGUAAGCAGCAUAUUUAAAUACCCAAUCUCCAGAAUCCUAAUCUAAUACUACAUUUGGCCCCAAGAGCCUACAUUGGCUUUGUCUUAAGUUUCCUUUUGUCUCUCUUUGUGUAAUGUCUUUAACUCUCACAUGUUAAGAGAAUUCAAUAAAGCAAAGGAUAUAAAAAAAAUACCUUGAGAAAGCCUAAAGCCUCAUUUCCUAUGGAUCGAGAGAUGGGAUAGAUGUGACUGUAAUUCUGCAGUUAUUAUACUGUGGAUAAACCAGCCAGAUGGAGAUCAAGAACCAUUUCUAUGAUGCAGAUAGACCCUAUUUUGGCUUUUGCGUGUACCUUUGAAUGAUCCAUGGCUGUGUUAUGUCUAAAAUGUAUUUUACUCACCUGAAAAUGCUGGGGAACAUGAAUCUUACCCAAGGAUGUAAUGUGAAAUUGAUGUCGUACAUGGGAAAUACAUAUGAAGAUAGGAUCUGAUCACAAUUUUAUCUUCUUUGCCCUAUUAUUUAAUAGGCAAAAGCCAUCAGAAGUAGUCUGAGGGAACAGUGGGACAUUCAUUGCAUUUUGCAUUUCGUAGCUUAUAAAACCUAUCAUAGUGUGUCUAAAUCCACAUCAGAGCCCUGUAGGUAGGGACGUCCCUACUUGACUGAUUUUGAAAACAAAGAUUCUGAGCGUAAAUAAAUGUUCUACAACAAAUUACAGAAAUAGUAAGCCAAAUAAUGGAACUUAGAAUCCGAGUCUUCUAUUUUAAGGCCAACAUGCCUUAUGAGACCCAGUGGGGUCUUGGAGUAAGUCCAUGAUCCUUCUAUCCAUCAUGUUCCCUCACCAUUAAAUAUAAGUGAAACCCAGAGUCCUUGAAAUAAA